AUGCUGUCCAUGUACAUCGACUCCGCGCACAGGAACUGGGACACUAUUUUGCCUUUCAUCACCUAUGCUUUCAACACCGCAAGACACGAGACCACUGGUUACUCACCUUUCUUUCUCCUUUAUGCUCGUCCACCGCGCUACAAUCUCGACACCAUGCUUCCCUACUCCGCUCAUGACAGUGAGCCGAUCAACGAGAUUCUCUGUAGAGCAGAAGAAGCGCGACGCCUCGCUCGGCUACGCACCGUCACCUCGCAAGACCGGUCAAAGAUCCGCUAUGACGACCGUCACCGACAUGUUCACUUCAAUCCUGGAGAUCAGGUGUGGCUCUGGACGCCUUUACGGAAACGUGGCCUGUACCAGAAAUUUCUCGCUCACUAUGUCGGGCCCUACGUUAUCCUCGAACGCCUCAGUGAGGUCAACUACCGCAUAGCACGGCUCACAAGCACUGGACGGCGCUCGGCUAAAACAGAAGUGGCGCACGUCGCUCGCAUGAAGCUAUGCAAUGCACGAACCACUGAGUGA